AUGGACAUGUUGUAUUCAUGUGCCCCAUUCCCUUUGAAGGCAUUCUCGUCUCAUCAGAACACUCCUGCGGGCUACCCCUCGAUGAACUUCAAGACAGAUCAACCUUCCGGAUUCUCAAAGCAUCCGGCAAUUGGCACAGGCGACCCUAGCAGCGGGAUAACAACAAUACCGGAAGCCAGGGUUCUAGCUACGAUGGCUGUAGAUCAGGCCCAUAUGACAACUACGCUAGAUUCCUUGGAUUUCGGGGCAUUCCCAUUAGCAUCAUCGCUCGAUUUGUCAUACCCUGGGGCGUGCCCAGUGGCAGGUGAGGCGCGACUUAUGCACCUGGAGUCAGUUGUCUCGGGACCUGGCAGCGAACCCUGGCCAGCGCCCUUCUCGCCGCGGGCCAUGAAAUCCCCCAGACUGUUCGACAUGAAUAUAAGUCUUCCAAACCAGUUCCAACCGUCGGUGCCUCUGGACCCCAAUUGGUGGUCGAAGUACCCCGCUCAGUUUCUUUCACGUCAGAGUGAGACCUUGUAA